AUGUUCUCCUCUUCCUCCAAAGCCUCACUUGCCUCCCCCUGGAGUUCCAUGGAGCAGACCGACACGGACGUGCUGGACAUCAGCACCAAGGUGCAGCUGUAUGGGGUGUUGUGGAAGAGGCCGUUCGGACGUCCCUCUGCCAAGUGGUCUCGCAGGUUUUUCAUGAUCAAGGACAGCUUCCUGCUGUACUAUGCUGAAAAUGAAAAAAGGAACUUCGAGACAAACAAAUACUUCAACAUCCAUCCCAAAGGAGUGAUUCCACUAGGAGGAUGUGUAGUAACCGGAAGGGAAGACCAGGGAAUGCCUUUUGCCUUGGUGAUUAACCAUGAGGAUUUCACGGGUAACAUCGUCCUGGCGGCAGAGUCUGAGGCCGAGCAGAACCAGUGGCUGGAGAUGCUGCAGGAGUCUGGCAAAGUUACCUGGAAGAAUGCCCAGCUGGGUGAAGCCAUGAUUGAGAGUCUGGAGGCCCAAGGGCUCCAGCUGGCCAAGGAGAAACAAGAGUACUUGGAUAAACUAAUGGAGGAGACAGAAGAACUUAGCCUGCAAAGGGAGCAGAAGGAGGAGCUUGAGCGACUAAACCAGGUUCUAGAAGAGGAGAAGCAGAAGUUUGAAGAGGUUGUGCUAGAACUGAGAGCCGAGCAAGAACAGAUCAAAUUGGACUUGGAUGGAACAGCACAGUCCCUGAAGGGAGUAGAGAGUGAGAAGGAAGAACUCCAUAGUCUGAGCACUCUCCUGCAACAGUCCCUUGAGGAACUGUCCCUGGAGAAACAGCGCACUCUGGAGCUCCUGCAGAAGCAAGAGGCUGGAGAGGAGGAGAAAGGGGGGAAGCCAGAAAAUGAGGCCCAGAACGCCUCACCAGAGCCUGGGGGGGAGGACACGGGAGGGCUCCCCGAACACACAAGCCAGCUCCAGGCCAACCUGUGCCUGAUCGAGGAGCAGAUGAAAAGCCUGCAGAAAGAGAAGGAGCAAGCAGAGGACAGGCUAAAGGAGAACGAGCAACGUGCCUCAGUGCUGCAGGAGGAAAGCGAGUACUACUCGACUCAGGCGCGGACACUGCAGCAGUCUUUGGCGCAGCUCACUGCAGACAAGCAGCAGACAGAGGCCGAGCUGAAGGUGGAGAUCGAGUCUCGCGUGGAGCUGGAGAGCAGGCUGAAGCUGGCCGAGGAGGCGCUGCAGAGGCUGGAGCAGGGCCUGGGCUCCCUGGAGGCCACGCACGAGCGCAACGAGAGGAUGCGAGGAGAUGUCAGCCAUCUGAAGAAGUUUUUUGAGGAGUGCAUCUGUGCAGCAGAAAUAGAGGCCAAGCUGCCGUCCAUCAUGAAGAACGCAGUGUAUCUCCACAGAGCUGCUGCUCGCCGCAUCAAGAGCUGUCGUGUGCAGAGGAGAGCCUCCAGACAACACUGGCUGAAGCACUCCCAGUCAUUUGUCCAUUCAUCGGACCAGAGCCCAAGUAUGGAGGACCUGCGAGAGACUGCCCGCCGACUCACCUCCGACAGCUGCUUCAGACAGAAGGUCUACCAGAUCAUAGCUCGCCAAGACUCUUAAAUCUGAGGACUCACUCAUAGGAGGAGACAGAAAGAGAGAGAGAGAGAGAGAGAGAGAGGCAGGGAGAUAAACAGUGGCUUAUCUCCACUGAUACUUGACUCUGGUGAUGACUGGUGUGGUUUGAUUUGAGUGGUAUGGCUAGACUCCCUCUAUCCAUCAGAUCCAAGAAUGUAAGGAAUAUAUUCAAUAGAAUGUGAUAGCUAACAACUGAACUAUGGAUCUGGAUUAAGAUAUAGUGGCUAUAAUGCACAGUGAAUUCCACAAUGACGGGGAGAUAUAUUCAUUUUUGACCCUUAGAAAUAUUUGUAUUAAUUGUUUACCUUUUCAAAUUAAAACAAAUAAUCUUGAAAGCACCCGAUGCUCAAAACAACUAGACUGUCAAAUAACAGUCUCUGAAAUAAUUCUCAUUUAUUUUUCUAGAACCCUGCUUGAUUCAGAAUGUGGAUUGAAGUCAUGGAGACAUCAAAGCUGUACAAAAAUA